ACCGAGCGACGAACGCCGAGCGACUUUUAGAACAUUGGAAAAAAGUUGACAAAAUUUUAAAGAGUAAAGUCAAAUAAAGUUCUCAAGCCCCGUUUGAUAACCAUAUUAGCACUUGGGAUUGAAUUACCAAUCCCAUGGGACUAUUAAUACUGUGUUUGGUAAUCCAAAAUGAGUUGGGAUUAUUAAUCCUGAGGACUAGCUAGGUGGGUAUUAGGGGUACUGAGAAGGCCUCUCCCACUUGAUAUUAACAAUCCAAUCACAUCCUUGCCAAUGCACAAAUACAAAAAUAACCUUCAUGAAUCUCAUCUCCUUACCAAUCCUAUCCCAUGUGAAGGGCAAAAACGAAAAUGUAUAUUAUUAAUCCAAUCCUAUCCAUGUGAAACAAACAUGAUAUUUAUAAUUUCAUCAUCUAAUCCCAUCUCAAACAAACAUACUCAUCACCAAUCCCAUCUCCUUACAAAUCCCAAUCUUAAUCCCAUUUCCUUACGAAUCCCAACCGUCUAUUAUUGUUAUCAAACGGGGCAUUAGUAGAACGGGAAUAAGGGAGAGGUGAAGGAAGGAAGGGAAGGGAUUUCACAACAGUGUGGCCCCCCAUAAAUUGAUCUCAGCCAUUCACUCAUUUAAUGGGGGGGACCACACUGAUCCAAGGGCUGAGGUCAAUCCAACGGUCUCGUUACAAGAUAAGCCCUAGCCGCGUCCCUCUGUGUGUGUGUCUCUCUCUCUCUUUCUCUUCCUCCGACCCACCAUUGCACCACCCCACCGCAUGGCCUCUCUUCUCCAUCAUCAGCACCACCACCAGGUAUCUCUCCCCCACCCCCCUCUCUCUCUCCCCCCCCUCUCUCUCUCUCUCCGAGUCAAAGGCGGUGAUCUCAUCCCUCACUCUCCCUCAAACCCUCCCUCUUGACCCUGAAUCGACCUCCAUCCAUACCUCAAAACCCUAAAUCGACCUCCACAGUAACUACUGAUGUUCAAAACCCUAGCCUAUUGAUGAACGAAACUCUCAGAUCAACCUUAAAAACCUUCGAAAACCUUAGAAAUAACAUACCCAGUGAUAGUCAUCGUGACCCUUCGUCGCCGACCUCCGGCAAACCAUCCCCAGGCCCCGGCAAGCAUCGCCGACGUCCGGCGAACCAUCUUCAGGAAAGUUAAGUCCAAACAAAUCCAAUUGACAAUCCAAAGAUGGAAGAUAUUAUUGAAGAAGAUAUAAAUAUCUAGUCUUUAGGAACACUAAAAUAUCUAUCUCUAGAAGCUCUAGAAUAUCCUUGCAAAAUAUCUAGAGUUUUUUUUAUGAGAAUUAGUCACAUGUGUAAUUCUAGAAUUACCUCAAAGUUUAUCUUGUAUAAAAAUAUCUUUGUACUAGAGCCUUCUAUGGAGUAGUAUAAAUAGGGAUGGGUCUAGCUAUUUUCUAUCAAGACCAAAAAAAGUUUGAGUUCCAGUGUAAUAUAAAUAGUCUCAUUCCCCACUCGUCUUUAAUGUUCUGCUCUUCCAAAAAUCUUGUCCAACUAAACAAUAGAAACUCACGUAUCCAAUUCAAUGAGCAUGUUCUUGUCUUCAUCGUGCGUUCAUAGAAAACAAACAUUCAGCUAGGGCUGUAAACGAAUCGAGCAGCUUGCAAACUUGGCUCGGUUCGGCUCGGCUUGUUAAGGCUCGAUUCUGCUCAGCUCGUUUAGUAAAUGAGCUGAGCUCGGUUGGUUAAGCGUGGCUCGGCUCGAUUAAAGAGGCUCGUUUAGUAAAUGACUCAACUUGGUUGGAUAAAGGCUUGACUUGUUAAGACUCGAGCUUAAAUUUUUGGCUCGUUUAAUAAACGAGCUGAGCUCAAACUCGAUAAAAGCUUGGCUUGGAUCGUUUACAGCCCUAGACUAGUACUAGUAGCAGUUGAUCCAGCCAUAUAAACGGUGGCCUCUGUAAUUGAGACAUAAUUUUGGGUACAAUCUGUGAUAAUCGAAACCUCCGGAGAAGCCAGUGAUUUUACCCGCUCUCCACCACAAAUUAGAAUUGUACUGUAUAUUGUAGUUGCAGAUUUUACGGUCGCGGAAUCUGGAGGUGUUUGCUGACUUUGAUUUGAUGCCUACAAGAGGUUCGUCGAUUCCUGAUUCCAAUUAUCUUUUCCCCAAAAUUGAACUGUUUUUUUUUUUACCCCACUUUUAGAGCAACGCUCAAUUUGCUUGAUACUAGGGUUUAGGGUUUAUGUGAAUACCCAUACUUCUUGUCUGAUUUGUGACAUUAUUUGUUUUCCCAGCAUCUUAGCUGUAGACGACAUCGAAUGGAGUAGAAUAGAUGACUCAAGGAAAUGAAAUUGAAGGAAAAAUGGGUUCUUUUCCGAAACCUCCUCUGUUUUGCCUGAAAUGGCCAUGGGAUGAUGCCCACCAAAACCCUAAAUUUUCCAACACCACCUGCAAACUCGAGACUCCUUGGAUGUUCAAAUCCCUUCAAAAUAUCGGAUCUGCGGCUUUCAAUAUCGCGAAAUCGAUAUCGAAAUCCCCGAAUUCAGCGACCCGAACCCCGUUCGAUCUAGAUGGAAGACCUAAAAUGAGCCCCAAAAUCAGUUUUGAAAGGAAGGAGAAGGUAUUGACGCCCGAAGAACGAGGAGAAGCCGAGCUGAGUGCGCUGGCCUCUGCACUGGCUAGCGGGAAAGAAGCUACGGUGAUCGAGUUUUACUCGCCCAAAUGCAGGCUAUGCAAUUCUUUGCUCAAGUUUGUGUUGGAAAUGCAGAAUAGGAAUUCUGAGUGGCUUAACAUUGUGAUGGCUGAUGCGGAGAAUGAUAAAUGGUUGCCUGAGCUCCUCCAUUAUGACAUUAGAUAUGUUCCUUGCUUUGUGAUACUGGACAAGCAGGGGAGGGCACUAGCAAAGACUGGCGUCCCCAACAGUCGGCUACAUGUUAUAGCUGGUGUCUCUCAUCUUCUCAAAAUGAAGCGUCCCCGACAGAAUUAACUGUAAAAUUUGAACUGCAUGUUCUAUACAAACUUAAAAGGUGAAUUUCACCCAUCUCAUGCGAAUAAAGUUUCUUGACAGAGUAUUUGAAGUAAAA